GCGGGUGAACAACGAGGGUGACGGUCUCGGCCGCUCUUCCUCGUCGGGGGGCCCCGUCACCCUCGUCCUCUCCGAAUGGUACCUCCCAGGUGCCCGCCCCUCCCCAUGGCAGCGCCCCUCGGCGGUGGCGCCUUCGCGACAACCAAUGGGACACGGAACCGAGGCUGUUGCUGUGGUGAUGGCCCGGAAGUGAAGCGUCGCUGCCGGAAGUGGCGGCGGCGCGGCCAUGGGCUCCUCGAAGAAGCACCGGGAGCGAGGCGGGGCCGAGGCGGCCGAGGAGGCCCCGGCCCCGCCGGCGGCGGCGGCGGCCCCGGCGGGGGGGGAGGCGGCGGCGGCGGCGGCUCCGCGGGGCGGCCCCGCGAGCACCGCAAGCACCGGCACCGCGGCGGCGAGCGCCGGGGGAAGCGCAGCCGCUCCCGGGGGGAGCGAAGCGGCGGCGGCGGCGGCUCCGGUGGAGGCGGCGGCGGCGGCGGCUCCGGUUCUUCGUCCUCCCGCCGGAGUGGCCCCGAGGAGCCGGGGAGGAGCGGCCAUGGCCGCGGAGGCGCCGAGCCCGAGCGGCGCGGGAAGAGGGAGCGGCGGGAGGAGCGGGAGGAGCCCGCCGCAGCCCCUAAAGCUGCCGCGACCGAGUCAUCCCUCAGCGUGGAGGAAACCAACAAGCUCCGCGCCAAGCUGGGCCUGAAGCCGCUGGAGACCACGACGGUCAAGAAGGAGGCCGGCACCAAGGAGGACCCGGUGGCAGCGGAUGUCAUCAACCCGCUGGUGCAGCGGCAGCGGGAGGAGAUCCGGGAGAAGCUGGCGGCUGCCAAAGAGAAGCGGCUCCUCAACCAGAAACUGGGGAAGAUCAAGACGCUGGGGGAGGACGACCCGUGGCUGGACGACACGGCCGCCUGGAUCGAGAGGAGCCGCAAGCUGCAGCAGGAGAAGGAGCUGGCGGAGAAGAGGGCCAAGCUGCUGGAAGAGAUGGACCAGGAGUUCGGGGUGAGCUCGCUGGUGGAGGAGGAGUUCAUGAGGAGGAGGAGGGAGCUCUAUAGUGCCCGGGACCUGCAGGGGCUGACGGUGGAGCACGACCUGGGGGCCUUCCGGGAGGGGGAGACCCUCGUGCUCACCCUCAAGGACAAGGGGGUGCUGGAGGAGAGCGAGGACGUGCUGGUGAACGUGACGCUGGUGGCCGAGGAGCAGGCGCAGGAGAACCUGGAGCUGCGCAAGAAGAAGCCCCCGUACGUGCCCUACGAGGACGAGGACCCCGCUGCUGCCCCCCAGGGCCCCAAGGAACACGUGGUGCUCCCCAAAUACGCCGACCCCCCCCAGCGCCCCUCCUUCCGCCUGGGGACACAGGGCACAGUGGGAGGGGGGGCAGGGGACCCCCGCCACCAGUCCCCCCCCCCCCAGGCCCAGCACCCCAGAGCCUGGAGCUGCCCCCCCUGCGCCUGGCCCCCGAGUGAGACGUUCCGGCGGCCGCGGCGCCGCGUCCGGCGCCUCCGGAGGAAGGAGAAACCGCUUCGGGCCGACGACCUCCUGCCCCUGGCGCCCGGCGACACCCGCGGGGACUUCGGCUCCAGGUCCCGAGGCCGCGGCCGCCGGGUGCAGGAGGAUGAGGAUGGUGCCGAGGGGGAGGGGGAGGGGGAGGCCCCUUCCAGCCCCCCCCCGGGGGCCCCCCCCCAGCUCCCCUCUGACGACACCCGCCUCGAGAGCAUGGACAUCAGCAGCGAGGAGGAGGCGCAGGGCCCGGCCUCGCCGCGGGCGCUGGACGAGGACGAUGCGGAGCAGGAGCUGCAGCAGCAGCUGGAGAAGGGCCGGAGGCUGCGGCAGCUGCAGCAGCUGCGGGAGGCGCCCGGGGAGAAGGUGCUGGAGCUGGUGCGGGGGUUCGGGGGGGCCCCGGGGCCGGACCCUCGCUCCGGCGCCAUCGUCUUCAACGCCACGUCCGAGUUCUGCCGCACCCUGGGCGAGAUCCCGACCUACGGCCUGGCCGGGAACCGCGAGGAGCAGGAGGAGCUGCUGGUGCGGGGGGCGGGGGGGGGGGUCCCCGGGGGGGCUGGGACCCGCGUGGAGCAGGAGGAGCUGCUG